UCUGUUAGAAACGUCAAAAUUUGUUUCACUCAUGUCAAACUCAUUUUCUUUUUGUUGAUUAUAAGCAGGCUUUAAGUUUGUGAUUGCUUAGAUAUAUAAAACGUAAUGAUGGCUGAAGAUACGACAGCCGACGCAACAAGGCGAUUAAACGUUAAAAAACAGACAUUAGACGAUGCGUACGCAGCACCGGCGAAUUUCUUAGAAAUUGACGUGGUGAACCCUACUACGAUGGGAGUUGGGAAAAAACGGUACACAGACUACGAGGUUCGCAUGAGGACCAAUCUUCCUGUGUUCAAAGUGAAAGAGUCGAGCGUGAGACGGCGGUACAGUGAUUUCGAAUGGCUGAGGAACGAACUGGAAAGGGAUAGUAAGAUUGUAGUUCCACCUUUACCUGGUAAAGCAUUAAAAAGACAACUCCCUUUCCGAAGUGAUGAUGGUAUCUUUGAGGAAGAAUUUAUAGAAGAUCGUAGGAAAGGUCUGGAAGUGUUUAUAAAUAAAAUAGCCGGUCACCCGCUGGCCCAGAACGAGAGAUGCCUUCACAUGUUCCUGCAAGAGCCCACUAUCGAUAAGAACUAUGUCCCCGGAAAGAUCCGAAACACAUAACCUUUCAACAUCUUCAUACUGUAAAGCAAUUCACCCAUACGUUUUAUUUUUAUUUGCAUAAUCUGCAAGAAUAUCCUUCAAUUGAACUCUUUAGGUGUACAUAUUUUGUGCUAUUAGUUCAUUAUCUACAGUUUUUCUAUAUAAUACAUAAUUUUUAUAGGACUUGGCAAAAAAAUCUACUAGGAAAUAAAAUUGUUUUCCUACAAAAUUGGCCAAAUAUUGCCAUACUAAAAUGUGUUUGCAAAAAAACGAUUAUAUUUCUUUUUUUUUGCCAGUCUGUCUGCAUGAUUUACUUGGUGUUGCUAUUUAAUUAAUGAUGUUUUUUCUGUAGUAUUUAUAAAAGGGGAGAAUUGCUUUACAAGUAGCCGUCCCAUACAGUGAUAAAACUUGGACCUACACGUAAAUAUAUCAUUUGAUAACAGUAUUUAGGCAAUAUUGAACACUUAUUUCAUUCCACAAACGGAUAGAAGUGAAAUUUUGUUUAUCAUUAUGUGAGACUUGAAUUAUCAAAUGCAAUGAAAAAGUAUGAAAAUUGUAGUUUGGUAUUGUUUGAGGAUUUAAGUAGCAGACCUACGAUUGAAUUGGGUUUGUGGAUAUGCUUUAUUUUAAUUAAACUGAAUACACUAAGUGUAAAUUGUAUAAAUAAAUUUUUUGAAUUCAUUGUGUGGUUUAUAGAAUCUAAUGUAAUAUUUAUUCUUAUCAAUAACAUUUUUUGGCAACAUUACGAAAGUAUGGUAUCUUUCUUUCGAUUCCAGUUAUUUUACAUGAUUUUUAAGAGAUUGCUGGUUCAAUCUGAAUAGAAAUAGUUAAUUUUUUUUGGGUCAUUCCACAAACUCGGGAUUGCUACAUAUUUUAUAUGCAAAUAUUUCACUUCUGUAUUAUUGUCUAUGUCACCGAUGUGUAAGGUCUGUCGGAAAAUAAAAAUUGUAUUUUAGAACAAAAAUAAUAAAAUUAUAUUUAAGAUACCUAGUUGUCGUUAAGCAAUAUUAUUGGUAUUGUUGAUAUUGUUUAUUGAUUGGAGCGUUUGGCGUUAAGUUAUUAGAAAUGUGGUUAUAAUACGGCCCUGCGUUAUUUUUUUUUUUUACAAAGCAUAUUUCGCGCGCUUUACGUUGCGAAGUAAGCGCGAGAUUUUAUGUACAAAUGUACAUGACUUACUCUUGCUUUGAUUUUAAUAACCAUUAAAUUGAAAUUUAUUUAAACACGUACUGCAAUAAAACAAGGAUCUGAUUUGAAAAUUUAAUUUUUUUUAUACAUAUUGUAUUUAUAUACGUUUAUACAAAUUAUUUUUUGCAUCAUUUAUCUGUGCGGAGAAAAUGUAGUAUUUUCAGUAUCUUUGAUAAUAUUACGCAUUAAAUUUGUGAAAAGAGGCUCAGAUUUAGAAAACAUUGAGAUUACAUUAUAUUAACGUGGGGCCUGAAUAUAAAUGUAGUUGUUUGUAAUCGUUCGAACUAAAUAUUAAGUUUAUAAAUCUCAUUGUUUUUACGAAUCAGUCAUCACGUUCUGAUAUAUUUAUUAUGAUCGUCUAUUUUUGGCGUUUGACUUUGUUUUUUGUACAUUUUCCUAUUUUUUUAUUUUUUAUUUUAAUGGUAUCAUGAAAAUUUUAAAACAUUUUCCAGUUAAAAUCAUCUAAAAAAAACAGUUUUUUUUUCAAAAACAAUGUAUACUUGGCUGUAAUAUUUUAAAUAUUCAUUCAAAUAUGCGCUGAGAAUAGACGAAGAUUGUAUAAAUGAGUUAGUUUUUAGUUAACGUCUCAUUUUGCUAAAAUGACAUACAGUUAAACAUUACAGAUUAUAAAAUAUAGUUAUAGCCCUAAGGCCCAUUUAAAUAAAGCCUGAUUUAUCUGUAUCUAUUGCAACACUUAUAUGUAUAGUCUAUUUACACCAGUCGACAUUAAUUUGGUUUUGUAAAUCAUGUUAGGUUAGGAUAAUUAAAUAAAUUUGCUAUGGUGUCGAA